AUGCCUACUAUCGAUUUUGGUAUUGCUCAUCAACAAGUUUUAUCGUUACUCAACACCUUUGAAGCAAGAGAAACUAAUGCUGCUGAUUAUUUCAAAAAUAUUGUCUUUGAACAAGCUAAACAAAUAUCUGAAGAAUUAUUUGUACAACCUGCAAUUCCACGUACAUAUCAACGACGUCAUGGCUGCCAACCUGAUCCAGAAGAAUUUUAUCGAGAUCAAGU